UUGCCGAGAACUGAUAAAGAGAUGGUCUUCCAUUAUGGGCGCAUGUCGUUCCAGUGAGGAUCGUCAAGCUAGUCCGGUUUCUUACUCGCGCGACCUACUCUAAAGCAGCCCCUAUUCGUCGACUCGCCCGAUGCUACCCCGCUCACUAUAAUCCCCCACAUGCCAUCCCAAGGCCAAACCCCGUACUUCUUUAGCAAGUACCUCGUUCUUUUAAAUGACGAAGGCGAAGACGCAGCAAAGCUGUGCGUUUUAGUGGCCACUGGCCUGAAAAUCACAAGUCUUUGUCCCCUAUCAGCUGUUGGUCGAAUUUCGCGCAAAAGGUGCCUUUGACGGACCCGUUUUGCUGUAUCACCACCAACCUCUCUCCUGUUUCUUACCCACUACUUCCUUUCUCCGCUACGCUUCUAACUAAUGGCAACCGAGACGCUAACCGAAUCUCCUCGCUCACAAAGGUUCGAGUCCCAUGUAGCAUUCGACAACAUCCCCCUCGGCGAAUCAACCGAGUAUAAUCCCAUCUCGUUCACCCUCAACUACCGCCAUGCGGGGUUUCAGUUUAGACGACGACACCGCACCUUUAUGGUCGGCGUAGACGACAACUCGUAUUCCGAUCAUGCUUUGCAAUGGCUACUGGACGAACUGGUCGACGACGGCGACGAGAUUAUAUGCGUCCGCGUAAUCGAAACCCAGGUCCGCCUUACGGACAAGGCGUACCAAGAAGACGCCAAAGUUCUGAUGGAAUCAAUCCAGUCGAAGAACACGCAGAACAAAGCGAUUGGCCUAAUUUUAGAAUAUGCUGUUGGGAAACUACACAGCACGUUCCAGCAUCUUAUUAAAAUAUACCAGCCAUCCAUGCUGAUCGUUGGUACGAAGGGUAGAAGCCUUGAUGGAGUCCAGGGGUUCCUCGUGAAUCGUAGUUCUUUUUCGAAGUACUGCUUGCAAUACUCACCAGUUCCUGUUGUUGUCGUGCGUCCUAAUGAGAAGCGCGUGAAAAAAAAGGUGAAGCGGGCGCAUGACCCAUCUAGGCAAAGCUAUGCGCAAAUGCUGCUAGGUCAACCGCACGAAGCCGAUAGCGAGAACAGCAGUGUAUACGAGCUAGAACCCAAUCUCACCCCAGACGAAGAAGCACAUCGUGUUGCAGUAGCUGUUGGGCUACCAGCAGCGUACGACCCAACUAUCAAACCCAUCGAUCCUAACAGCUUAUUAAAGAAUUUUGGCCGCCGACCCGCGCCGGAGGUAUCGAAGGAAGCCCUUGCAAUAGUAACCAAGGGUGGUCUACCUGCCGAGAAGAAGUCGCCAGACCAGGAAGAGUCAGACUCGGAUUCCGAAGCAGAGUUCGAUGUCAGACCGGGUGAGGAGCUUCUUAGAGAGAGACUUCAUAAGAUGGAGCUAAAUGAGGGAGCCGCGCUCAGAGCUGAAAGUAGAAAGUUGAGUUCCGGGUCUGCUGAUAGCGACGAAGAUCCGCCGGGUGGAGGGGGUGCCAAGACGUGACGCGACCGUCGCACAUGAGAAACCGAUGAGGGACUUGCAUGCGAGCUUUAUACGUAUACCUGGCCUCUUUUUUAUCGGAACGAGCCAGAAGCCCGUUGAUUACUAAAAGCGCGGGACAGUUGGAUGGACGAUAUAGCGGAUAUUUGCCCCACUAUCGUCACGAUUAUCAUGCCGAGCAACCCAUUUUGCACAAGAACCAACAAACACGGCGUCAAGUCAGUGGUAGGAUUGGAGGAAUACCCAGGCUGGAAUUUUUUGGAAGCAUUUGAGAUGGGUUAUAGCGCGAGCUUGUAUCAUGAGCAGUCCAAGCGAUUAUUAUAAAUAAAAUACGACUCUUCUCCCCAUAUUUUACGGGGCUCUCGGCUUUGAUGUUAUCAUAUUUGUGACGGUAACUUCGGCUGGUUGAUAUGAUAUAUGAUUUGCAGUAGAGCGGAAUAGGGAGGCACGAAGAUUUCGGCACUAUAGCCCGUUAAUACAUACAUCCUAUUAGAGGAUUUACUUAAUAGAAAUGCCAAUCAAGAGAUGAAUUCAUAUUCAUCAUGAUACGAAUGAUA